UGAAACUCUUGGAAGAGAGCUAGCUAGCAAAGGUAGUUUUGAAACAGAUGUUGUUGAUGGCUAUUCUUGGUUGUCAACUUGACUACAUCUGGAGUUAGCUAAAACCCAAGGGGCUGGAUACACCUGUGAAGUGUUUUCUUAAUUAAAUCAUUUGAAGUGGGAAGACCUUAAAUCAGGGCCACACCUUCGUGUGGCAGCCCACAUGAAGGACACGGAGAAGGAAGCUUGUCCCUCGAUGGCCAGGUCAUUCCGUCACCGGCAUUAAAGUCUACUUCUUCAGGAUUCUGGGGCGGUGCAUGCAUGGGUGCUACUAUCCUACACCUUAACUACCUCUGACCAGGACUUUGGUGAUUUAGGGCUUAAUCAGAAAUUAAUCCAGGAUAAUCUCUGAAUCUUAGAAGCUAAUAGGCAAAUCCUUUACCCCACUUAAGAAAAUAUUGAUAGGUUCUUAAACAGAGCCCAACUACUGAUAUGUUUGAACUGUAUCUACACAAAAGACUGAAGUCUAACCCAUGGUGCUUUAGUAUUCUGCCUUAUUUGAAAGUUGUGAUAUUUUAUUUGUGCUUUACUAAAUAACGCUUGCCUGGAGAUCAGAGGAAAAACCAAGUCAUUGUAAGUAAACACAAAAGUCAUGCAAUGUUAGCACAUGCUUUUAAUUCUAUCACUUGACAGGCGGGGAUCUGUCUGAAUCUGUGAGUUCAAGGCCACACUGGAAACAGAGCCAGGUGUGGUGGCACAUGCCUUAAAUCCCAGCACUAGUUAACCAUGACAGAGCUGGGCAGGAAGAGGAAGUGAUGGAGCUGGACAGAGAGUAAAUCAGAUGGCAGAACAGCAAGGCAUAUAGGCAUGGGUAGACAGGAAGUCGCUCGCAUUUGGAAGCUGUGGAGUUGGUGAGGUGAGGUUAGCUUGUGGCUGUUCCUAUUCCUCUGAUCUCUCUCAGGCUUUAACCCCUUUAUCUGGCUCUGUGUAUUUUAUUUAAUAAGACCGUUUAGAAAUUUGUCUAUGGAAAGUGUUUGAGGCAGAUGUAAUCAAGUGUCACUAAUUACAGAAUUCCAUCCAGUGUAAUUACUAGCUUCCUAAGAAGACAGAAACAAGGAGUUAAAAGGGACAGUGGCUGGUGAGUAAGAUCCAAGUACAUUACAUGCCUGCAUGAAACCGUCAAAGAAUACAAUUUAAAGCUUGUCAGGGAGAACGCUGAGGCAGAUUGGCGCUAUGCUAUCACAAACCAAACCAUCCCGCUUCCAGAUGCAGAGAGGUAAGGAAGCAUCCUUAGAGAAGGGCACCCACUGUCCGGUCACACCUUCAUUUCAGACUCUAGCCUGUAUGACUAAGAGAGAACAAUGUGGUAGCUUACUAUGGCAGACUUGGACUAUAACUGCUAGAAAUUCUAAUUAUUGAAAUUUAUAAAUAAAAUUUUAGAUUAAAUAAAUUUCAAACUGCUGGGGUGGUGGCACACACAUUUAAUCCCAGCGCUUGGGAGGCAGUGCCAGGUGGAUCUCUGUGAGUUCAAGGCCAGCCUGGUCUACAGAGCUAGUUCCAGGACAGGCUCCAAAGCUACACAGAGAAACCCUGUCUCAAAAAAAAAACAACAAAAAAAAAGAAUUUCAAACUUUUCUACGGUGGUAAUAUUAAACUUUGGUCCUGAUCAAAUGCUGAGUUUUAACAUUUGCAGUUUUAACAUUUGUCCCAAAUGUGUAUUUGGAAGCCUCUAUUUUUCCUUAUCAACCUAUUUGACUUGAAUAACCACCAGUGAAUAUAAAGUUGAGGGCUGGCGAGUUGGCUCAUGGGGUUAACAGCACUUGCUGCUCUUGCAGGGAUCUGGGUCCUUCAGGCCCCAGUGCUGCACAGUGGCUGGAGACCAUCUGUCACUCCAGCCCCAGAGAUCCAAUGCACGCUUCUGGUCUCUGGAGGCACCAGGCAUGCAUGUGACGCACAUACAGUAAACACUCACACGUGUACAAAAUAAUAAAUACAAAGAUUCACACUUCUUUUAUUUCAGAAAAUUGUUAUUGACAUCUUCCAAGGUUCAAGCUAAGCAAGAAUAUGUCAGACAAGCUGGCUUAACUAUGAGUUUAAAGUUAACACAAGACCCCAAAGUUGGCUGUCCCUCACAACUGCCAACUUGAUGAGAUCUGGAACAAGCUGAGAGAUGAGCCUCUAGCCACGCACCUAGGGAAUGAUUUAGAUUUUGAUAACUGACCUACUGUGGAGAGCACCAUUCCCUAGGCAGGGGACCUUUGUACAAAACAGAAGAAAUCGAGCACUGGCAUGCAUGGAUCCACUGUUCUGCUCUUUACUGUGGGUGUCAUGUGACCAGGUCUCUAGGACCCUGCUGCUGUGACUUCCCUGCCCUGAUGGACUGUGAGCCAAAUAACUCGUUUCAUUCAUCAGAAUAUUCUAUCACAGCAACAAAAGAAACGGGCAACUCUCCUGCCUAUCAUCUUUUUUGACUUCACAAUUUCAUCUUAUCGAUAUCAAAAAAGCUUACCCCAAAGAACAUUCUACUCUGUCCCAUUUUGAAAUAGUAAGAUUGAUACAGAUGCCUGAAGGGAGCCAGGACAAUUUUUAAAACAAUCAGGUCAACGCUAAGGACUGUGUGUACAGUGUGUGCAUGGCUGGGGUGGUGGUGGGGUGGGGUUGGGUGGGAGGGGUAGGAGGGGGUUGUUUGCUUCCUGAGACAAGCAGAACUAAUACUGUGUUCAGUCAGUUCAUAAAUGCAGUGUUGUAUGGUCUUUACUGAACCCUAGAUUCAUCUCUCAAUUUCUCAAAUGUGACUUCCCAUAUCUACUUGAAUAUCAAUUUCUCAAACUUAAUGAGAAUGCUUGAUAGACAUUCAACUUCUCAGCUUACAAUGCUUCUCUGCAUUCCAUCCUAAUAACACUGUCUGCCCAGAUAGUUGUUCAAGUCAAAAACCUGGGGCCUCACUCCUGCCUUUCUCCACAAGACUUACAAUUCUACCUCCACCCCAGUAUUUCUAUGUUCCUAGGACUAUGCUCCAAUUUAACAUGUCUAAUCUGCCCGUGGUUCUCACUGCCACAGAACCCACAAAGCUUAUUAACACAAAUUACACAGAAUAGAAAAUGCUGGCUGUGACACCUCUCUAGGUAUUGCUGAUGCGAUGUUAAAAUAAUGGCAGGCCAGACAGAGAUGGCACGUCACCAGUCACUCUAGCCCUACACAGUGGAAGGCUCAUAAACGGCGCUUGAGCAGCCAUAGGGCAAAUGACUGACAAAAACACCAGCAUAAUCUUCAACAUUACUUCGAUUCAGUAAACGCACGCCAAACCCUAUACGGUCUUCCUUUCCAAGCACGCCCAAUUCUUUUCAAGCAUUUUGUUGCCAUUGUAUGGAGAUAAACCUUUAAUGUAAAAAAUCUAAAGGGAGGCUCCUAGCAGUGAAAGACUAAGCGUGUUAACAGGUAGGUUUUACAAUGUUUCAGGCAGAAGGAAAAGAGGAUGCCAGAAUUACAAGCUAAUUCAUAGGUAUCAGAAAUUAAGCUUCCAUCUUCCUCAAUGGAAAGUCUCCACAUAGAUCAGCAUGAGCUUGAGAAAGGGCAUCAAAAGAUUUGUAGAAACUCAAAUACAUCAACUUUCGAUUUUCUAAGUAAACACGAAUGCUACCAUCCAUUGUACUUAGAAAGUAAGUGGCUGACUUACAUCCACUUUCAUUACCUGUAUAUAAAAUAAUGAAAAUAGUUAACCAACUGCUUGGCUAAGCGAAUCAGAUGGGAUAAAAUGAAAGCUGAAGACAGCUAGAUAAGCAGACGCACUCUAAAGACACCCGUGGCUAUUCUGUAUCAGGAUCAUUCUCUGGACCUAGAGAGGGCUAAAGGCAGAGAAACACUGAUAAAGGGGAGGAGAAGAGAUGGACAAGCCUUGAUUCCGGAUUGAACCAGCAUCUUUCCGAGAGAAGGUGGGUGUCUCCGCAGAGAGCCUUCAGAGUUCAAGACGCGGGCUGGGCUGUACUUGGUGAGCCGGGCAGCUGCCCGGGUAGCAGAGCAGCAGGCGCAGGACCGCCUGGCCGGGGGCGCGCACACAGACGCCCGGCCUGGGACGGGACGCCCGCGCCGGGGCACACCCGCCUCACCCACACCCGGCACACCUCCCCGAGCCACCGCUGCGCCCGCGCUCGCCGCCGGCCCUGCUGGAGGCGGGGCGCACUCGGCUCCUUCCGCCCCGGCAGAGGCGGCAGGCCGGUGCGCCGCCGAGGCCCCGGGCCCUCCUUCCAACGGCCGCACGCAAAUGAGGGCUCCGGCCACGCGCGUCGUGAUUCGCGCGUUGGCGGCGGCGCUCGGGCGAGGGAGCCGGGCUUAUGUAAAUGAGCGGAUUGUGUGUGCACGCUCCUAUAGGCCGGGGUGUGAGGACGCGCGUGAGCCAAUGAGAGCGUCGGGCGGACAAGCGGGGCUCUGCCUAUAAAAGGGCGAGGCGGCGGCGCCGGCGUGCAGUUUCCUGUUUGUGAGAGUUUCUGUGUUUUCCAUCAUGUCUGGUCGCGGCAAGCAAGGCGGCAAGGCCCGCGCCAAGGCCAAGUCGCGGUCGUCCCGCGCCGGCCUGCAGUUCCCGGUGGGGCGCGUGCACCGGCUGCUGCGCAAGGGCAACUACGCGGAGCGCGUGGGCGCCGGCGCGCCCGUGUACAUGGCGGCCGUGCUGGAGUACCUGACGGCCGAGAUCCUGGAGCUGGCGGGCAACGCGGCCCGCGACAACAAGAAGACGCGCAUCAUCCCGCGCCACCUGCAGCUGGCCAUCCGCAACGACGAGGAGCUCAACAAGCUGCUGGGCAAAGUGACGAUCGCGCAGGGCGGCGUCCUGCCCAACAUCCAGGCCGUGCUGCUGCCCAAGAAGACCGAGAGCCACCAUAAGGCGAAGGGCAAGUGAGGCCGCUGCUGGCGCCGGCCCGCGUCUCGGGGAGACGCCCGCGAACUCAAAGGCUCUUUUCAGAGCCACCCACUGGUUCAGAUUAAAGAGUUGUGUCACUCA